AUGAUCCCCAACCAGCUGAGGGUCAGCUCUCCAGUGUCCAGGCAGGAAGAAGAGAUGAUGGAUGGCAGGACUGGCUCUGAGCAGGACAGAGACCGUGCCACUUCAGGGCAGGGCCAGGGGCUGAAGUCGGAGCCCUAUUUCCAGACCGACUCUCUCUUGCCUUCCCCCAGUGCAUCCCUGAUAUCACAGCUCCUCAGCUACCCGAUGGUUCGCGGGAGCCUGGAUCCCAGCAUCCUUUUCCCUUCCUCUCAGGCAGCGGCCCUGCCUCAGGACUGUGAGCAUGGUGCAUCUCCUGGAGAAGGAGCGCAAGCUCUGGCUUUUCCCAGGACCCAUGACCCGCCUCCCAUGCCCUGUGCUGUCGACAGGGACCAGCUCUCCGACCAGCACCUACAGGACCAGCUCUCUGACCAGCACCUACGAGCCAAGCGGGCCAGGGUGGAGAGCAUCAUCCAAGGCAUGAGCAUCCCACCUACCCCUCAGGCAUUUGGCAGCAGCCUGGAGGCAGCUUUUGGGCACGAGAGGGAGAGGGGCUGCAAGAUGCCGCGGGAGAGCAAGAGGAAGCCCAGGGUGCCCCAGCAGGGCGCGGGGGCAGCUGGGCGAGUGGCCCCCGCCGGGGGCAGCCCUCAUGCCGAGGGCUGCCAGCAGCUGAAGGAGCAGCUCUGCUUUUUAGAGCAGCAGCUGAGGCGGCUUCAGGAGAAGUUCUCCCAGGUCUGUGACUCUGGGGACGCUGCCCAAACCCAGCAAGGUGCCGAGAAAGUGCAUCCAUGGCCUGGAAAUCCUGGAGACAGACCAGACAAGGACAGUGCCACUGCCACCAGCGACCCGCACAAAGCACCUCUCUGGAGGAGCGUCCUGGAGGUGUGUGGGCAGGAGGAGGACGAGGACAGAGGUGACACAGGUAGCCUGCCCUCAGCAGCAAGGGUCCUCUCACAGGCGCUGAAGCACGAGCUGGCCGGGGUGACGUCCCGGGUGGUGGACUCUGUCCUGAAGACUGUCUGGCCGAAGGCAGCCAGCCACCUCCUGCAGCAGCACCGCAGCCUCCCGGUGCCGGGGCCAGAUGCCAGGAGAGAGUAUUUUGCUGCUGGGAAAUGCAGAAAGCCACUUGCUAAGCCAUCUCCCAUGAACACACCGGUCUCACUGGGCUCAACCCAGGCUGAGGCCCUGUCAGGAGCUUCGGGGAAGAGCCUGGGCUCUCAUGCUGGCUCCUUCAGUUCAAAGGGGGUCAGAAAACCCUCUCAGAUGCAGGAGGCGCUGACCCCCGGCCACCUGAAGAAGGCCAAGCUGAUGUUUUUUUUCACCCGCUACCCCAGCUCCACUCUGCUGAAGACCUACUUCCUCGAUGUGCAGUUCAGCCGCUGCAUCACCUCCCAGCUCAUCAAGUGGUUCAGCAACUUCCGUGAGUUUUACUACAUCCAGGUGGAGAAGUUUGCCCGGCAGGCCCUGCUGGAGGGCGUCGUGGAUGCCAGCACCCUCCGGGUCUCCCGGGACUCAGAGCUUUUCCGCGCCCUCAACAUGCACUAUAACAAGGGGAAUGACUUCGAGGUGCCGGGGCGGUUCCUGGAGGUGGCCAGCCUGACGCUGCGGGAGUUCUUCAGCGCCGUCAGGGUGGGCAAGGACGCCGACCCCUCCUGGAAGAAACCCAUUUACAAAAUCAUUUCCAAACUGGACAGCGACAUCCCAGAAGGGUUCAAAGCUGCCGGCUGCUCCCAGGAACUGCUCCGCAGCUGA